UUCAGCAAUGGAACUUACAAUGGAAAACAUUGGCAACCUGCACGGAGUCUCUCACUCUCAGACGGGCGAUUUGAUGAGCUCCCCACACGGACGGCCGUCCUCCGCGUCGCAUCGGAACUUGGUGUCGCACGGACGGCCAGCGAUGGUCUCCAGCAUGGCUUCCAUCCUGGAAGGCGCCGGGGAAUACCGGGCGGACCACGCGCUGUCCGGCCACCUGCACCCGGCGAUGACGAUGUCGUGCGAGUCCGGGAUGAGCCUGAGCAGCACCUACACCACCCUGACCCCGCUGCAGCACCUGCCCCCAAUCUCCACCGUCUCCGAAAAGUUUCACCACCACCCCCACCCGCACCCGCACCACCACCCGGCACACCAGCGCCUGGCCACCGGCAACGUUAGCGGCAGCUUCACCCUCAUGCGCGACGACAGGGGUCUGGCGCCCAUGGGCAACCUGUACGGCCACUAUCCCAAAGACAUGUCCGGCAUGGGGCAGCCGCUUUCGCCGCUCUCGAACGGCCUCGGAUCUUUGCACAACACCCAGCAGACGCUUUCCGCCUACGGACCCGGCGCCCACCUCUCUAACGACAAGAUGCUCUCGCCGGGUGGGUUCGAGUCUCACGCGGCGAUGCUGUCCCGAAGCGAGGAGCAUCUGGCCAGAAGUUUAGUCGGGCACGGGCCUGGCAUGAUGUCAAACCUCAACGGCAUGCAUCCGCACAGUCACCUGCACUCGCAGGCCAACGGGUCCAUGCUGUCGGAGCGCGAGAGGCAGAACGUCGGCGGCGGUGGCCAGGGCGGCGGGUCGGGGCAGGUGGAGGACAUCAACACCAAGGAGGUGGCGCAGCGGAUCACGGCCGAGCUCAAGCGCUACAGCAUCCCGCAGGCCAUCUUCGCGCAGCGGAUCUUGUGUCGCUCCCAGGGCACCCUGUCCGACCUGCUGCGGAACCCGAAACCGUGGAGUAAACUCAAAUCCGGGCGCGAGACCUUUCGGCGGAUGUGGAAGUGGCUGCAGGAGCCAGAGUUUCAGCGCAUGUCCGCGCUCAGACUGGCGGUAGACCCGGCCAGUGCGCCCGAAAAUACGUUGCACCGCACCCAAAAUCAGAUCACCCCCAAUCAACGCAUCGAUUCCAGGCAGACCGGUGGGCUGCACGCCUGCAAGCGGAAGGAGCAAGAGCAGCACAAGGACCGCAGCCUGGCGCCAAAGAAGCAGCGGCUGGUCUUCACGGACCUGCAGCGCCGCACCCUCAUCGCCAUAUUCAAGGAGAACAAGCGGCCCUCCAAGGAGAUGCAGCACACCAUCUCCCAGCAGCUGGGCCUGGAGCUCUCCACCGUCAGCAACUUCUUCAUGAACGCCCGCCGCCGCUGCGUCGACCGCUGGCACGACGAGCACGGCCACGCCCACGGCCACGGCGCCAGCCCCGGCCAGCCGGGCACCUCCGCCACCACCUUCUCCAAGGCCUGA